GCCUCGACGGCUAGAAGCGACCAAUCCCCUUUGACUUGUGUGUGCGGGUCGACCAUAGAAGGGCUGAACCACAGACCGCGGAGGGACACAAGCACAGAGGGAGCGAGACAGAGACAUCGACACGCACCAGGAACGCGCGCGUGUGUGUGUGUGUGUGAGAGAGUGAGAGAGAGAGAGAGUGAAAGAGUGCAGCGUGCUCUGACAGUGUGGACGACUGAAGCUCCUGCCAGUAGAAUAAGGUCUCCACUGGAUCUAAAAAGACAAACUUGGUUUGAGAAAAACCUGAUUUGGCUUUGCAGCAAACAACGCCGACACCUCCCUCACAUUUCCAGCCGUGGAUGUGCAAGAAGCGUGGGUUGUUAUGUUUCAAAAGGAGUCAGGACAAACACUGGACCAGUCAACUGUGACAGCAAUGCCUACCAACAAGUACUCUGCUACUCUCAUGGAGGAGAGCAACAACAUGACUGCUACUGCGGCAGUGAAUGGAGACACGCCUCCAGCAGAGGGCCUGUCGGAGAACAACAGCGGUGUGGCGCUGACCAAUGAGAACAGCCCGCUGACCGCGGCUGAACCGCCGUCCCCCUUCAGCCCCAAACAGAAUGGAGAUGCUGCCUCGCCUCAAGACGAUAACGAGAGUUUGAGGGGAAACAGGAAAAGGAGCAGGAAGAGGUCAGAGGAGGAGGAAAGCACCUGGGACUCCUCCUGCAGCGAGGAAAAGGAUUCAGGAGCAUCUCAGUCGGGUCUAAGACAAAGACCUCCACCCAGAACCAUCUUUCAGGCCGGACUGAACCCACACGCGCUCAACAAGCCUCGCAGACAGAAUCGCAAGCAGGAGCACGGCCUGUUACUGUGCGUUGGUGGUCCUCGUGUCCUGGCGGUCAUGUCUGGCAGCGUCCCAGAGGCGCCCCGUCUGGAGCUGAUGGAACAAGACUCCAAAGACUCGGCGCAGAGCAGCAGCAGCACCUCGUUAAGCUAUGAAACUCAGCCAGAGUACAAUGACAACAAGGGAUUUGGCAUCGGCGAACUGGUAUGGGGCAAGAUCAAGGGUUUCUCCUGGUGGCCCGGCAUCGUGGUGACGUGGCGGGCGACAGGCAAGAGGCAGGCCAGCUUGGGCAUGAGGUGGCUGCAGUGGUUUGGAGAUGGCAAAUUCUCAGAGGUUUCUGCAGACAAACUGGACUCCAUCACUGCCUUCCCCAAAUUCUUCAGCCAGACGUCUUACACCAAGCUGGCUUCUUACCGCAGGGCGAUCUUCCAGGCUCUAGAGAUGGCCAGUAUCCGGGCAGAGCAGACGUUUCCACCCUGUGAGUCAGACAGUCCAGAGGACCAGGUCAAACCCAUGCUGGACUGGGCUAAUGGGGGCUUCCUGCCCAAAGGAGAGGAGGGACUCAAACCCACACACAGCGCUGAAAGUAAUCCUCUGGACCACCAGGUCCUUGACGUCUCGCUGCCAGAUUAUUUCCCCAGUGCAAAACGGCCCCGAGUCAGCCUCUGUAAAAACAAGGCCACACCGGAGGAAUCCUACAGCAGAGAACAAAUGGUGAAUGAAGUUCUGAAGAAUAAUUGUAGUAUAGAAGAGUUCUGUCUCUCCUGUGGGAAUGGGAGAGCAGCUACUUUCCACCCGCUGUUUGAAGGAGGCCUGUGCCAAACAUGCAAGGAUGUGUAUCUGGAGAUGUCCUACAUGUACGACGAUGACGGCUACCAGUCUUACUGCACCAUUUGCUGCGGUGGUCGAGAGGUUCUGCUCUGUGGAAAUGCCAACUGCUGCAGGUGUUUCUGCGUGGACUGCCUCGACAUCCUGGUCAAUCCAGGAACAUCUAACAAUGCUCGCUAUCAGGACCCGUGGAGAUGCUACAUGUGUCAGCCACUGCUGCAGUACGGCAUCCUUAAACGCCGCCAUGACUGGAGUCUCAAGCUGCAAGAGUUAUUCGCCAACGACUACGGACAGGAGUUUGAGAAACCAAAGAUUUACCCAGCUGUCCCUGCAGAGCAGAGACGACCAAUCCGAGUUCUGUCCCUGUUUGACGGCAUCGCCACAGGCUACCUGGUUCUGAGGGAUCUGGGUUUUAAGGUGGACCAGUACGUGGCGUCUGAGGUGUGUGAGGACUCCAUCUCUGUGGGCGUAGUCCGACAUGAAGGAAAGAUCCAAUACGUCCAUGAUGUCAGGAACAUCACCAAGAAGAAUAUUCAAGAGUGGGGCCCAUUUGACCUGGUGAUAGGAGGAAGUCCCUGCAACGACCUCUCCAUAGUCAAUCCUGCAAGGAAAGGCCUCUAUGAAGGCACAGGGAGGUUGUUUUUCGAGUUCUACCGUCUGCUGAGCGAAACCAAGCCCAAAGAAGGAGAGGACCGGCCGUUCUUCUGGAUGUUUGAAAACGUGGUCGCCAUGGGCGUCAAUGACAAGAGGGAUAUCUCACGAUUCCUGGAGUGUAACCCUGUCAUGAUCGAUGCUAUUGAGGUUUCUGCUGCUCAUCGUGCCCGAUACUUUUGGGGAAACUUGCCAGGCAUGAACAGGCCUCUGUGCGCCUCUGGGAUGGACAAGCUAGAGCUGCAGGACUGUCUGGAACAUGGCAGAGUUGCAAAGUUUGGAAAAGUGCGGACCAUCACCACUCGCUCUAACUCCAUCAAACAGGGUAAAGACCAACAUUUCCCUGUGCUGAUGAACGGGAAGGAAGACAUUCUGUGGUGCACUGAGCUGGAGAGGAUCUUUGGCUUCCCUGUUCACUACACGGACGUGUCCAACAUGGGUCGUGGGGCCCGACAGAAGCUCUUGGGCCGGUCCUGGAGCGUCCCUGUCAUCAGGCAUCUGUUCGCACCACUCAAAGACUACUUUGCCUGUGAAUAGAAGAAACAUCCAUUACUAGCACAACCGAUGCCACCGGUGAACACACACACCAGCUUUGUGAUACUGGCUUCCAGAAACACCCCGUGUUCAGAUCUGGCAUUCACUCUGUCACGCAGCCAGGUCUCAAGUAGCUGGUAGAAUAGCGAGGGUCGCCGUUAUAAUGCACUAUAGCCUUAAAGACACACUAACACAGACAUACACAACUGCAGCAUCUCAGCUGUGAGUUAUCACUGUAUCCGACAAAGAGAGACUCAAAGGUUAGGUGAAAGUGUCACUGACCAUAUCUUCUGUAUCCGAGGCCAAUAAGGUGCUGAGCCUCAGGGUUAAAAGUUAAAGAAUGCUCAAAUGUUCAUUAAAAUGCCAUUUGAAGGCAUUCUUUUUUUAUUUUUUAUUUGACAACACUUUCUUGCUGUAGAAAAAUAGAUAACAGCACAACUGUGGCUCAGUAUCACACAUUUCAGACAUACCUCAUCGCCACUUCAGUAAUGACGAUGGUGAUUUAAGAGUGUGACAGGCAGGGUGCUGACACGCACUCUGAACAAAAACACUUAAAGCUCGGUUGAACCAAAGUCACACAACAGACAGCUGAAGUCUUGCUCCCUUCUUUAGGCAGCCUGCUGUUCCACCAGAGGGUAUUUGCUCUGGUCUUUUUAAUACAACCAAUUUUCUAUUUAGUUACAUUUUACUGAUCUUUCAAAGGUAGAAUAAUAAUGAUGUUGUUUUGCAUACCAUACCCCACAAGUCUUAGCAAAAGAAAUACCCCCUCAAAAAAGGCUCAUGGGAGCUCCAAUUAUAAGAUGUGAACAAAAUUGUCUUUUAUCUGUUUUAACUUUACCAGACAGCACAGUAGAACUUACUUAGACUAAAUAUGAAAAUAAAUGUGUCAUAUUUCAGUUGCUCAAUAGACCAGCAAAAUACUGAGUAUUUGACGCUAGUGGACCAGAGGCUAACCUGGGUAUGAAACUAGUGGUUUUAUGCUUCAGAUCCGUUUUUAUUUUUGUUUUGUAGUCUUUAUUGUAAUAUUCAAUCAUUUUUAUCUUUUUGAAUUCGUUCACAUGAGCCAAACAGCCGAGCUUAAGAGAAAAAAAAAACAUUUUUAUUCAAAAGAUUGCAUGAACACAUUUCACUGAGAGCUACACACAAAUACUUGAAACAAAGCCAAUGCAAAAACAGAGACAUGGUGUAUGAGAGAUGGGUUUUGUCUUUUGUUUACCAUUGUAGAGACGACUUAUAUUCUACUGUGGAUGUUUGGUUAUUAUUAUUUUAUUUUUUUUCAUCAAAGAGAGAAUAAGAGUACUUUGUAUACACUUGAUUUUACAACUGUCUGUUUAAGAAAGGUAUUUUCCUUUCUUAAAGAUGUAUAUGAUGUUUUUAAAAACUAGCACUGACUACUUUGGAUUACAUUGACAAAGAGACUGCCAUAGAAAUAACUGUAACAUGCUGGUUGAUAUUUAGUUCUGUUUGGUUAGCAGGGAGUAUAAUUUUUCUUUAGAUUUUUGAUUAUUCCUUUAAAGAAAAGGACAUAAAUAUUAUUUUCAACAAUUUCAGAAUUGUUUUCUUGCUUUAUGCUUUAUUAUUAGCAUAUUCAUCUGACAGGAAUCUAUGAGACAGUUUACUUUGAUGUUACUUGCAAAACUUGGUGUAGUCCUUUUAAUUUAAAUCUAGAAACUGUAAGAUUUUAAUCUUGUUGGCUGUCACCAAAUAAAACUUAAAGGGCAUUACCUCGGACAAAGGAGGCAACUGUGUGCCACUCCCUCUUGUGUGAAUACAUACUGUAGUUUUCUGCUCCAAUGUGCCCGUACUUUUAUAUUAUCAGUUGAAUGUUUUACAGUGUUUUAUGUACUGUAUCUAUAGAAAGGUUUACAAGUAUUUUGAGUCUCUUGUUCCUUUUUUUUUUACAAUCUACAUUGUCUUUAAACAAAAUGCACAUGCAAAGAAAAAGAAAAAUGCAUGUAUCAUGUUCAAAUGACAAGUUCACUUUGAAAUGCAAGACUCUGCUAUGGUGCUCAAAAAGACACUUAAAGUGCUGCCAGGAGCCUGUUUAUUUUCUAUCUUUUUUUUUUUCUUUUUUACUUUUCAGUGCCUGCUUUUUAAAGUUAUAAAAAAGGUGAUUGUUUACAUUCAUCAUGUUUCACUGACACUUCUGAAUCUGUUGUAUAUUUUGACUACAGUAAAAAAAAAAGAAAUUUGUAAACGCUCUUUUAAGACUUAUGUAUAUUUAGAACACAUACAGUAUAUAUUAACACAGUAUAAAGCUUUCUUGAAAUUUGUAAUGUUUUAACAUGACAUAGAGAAUAUUAACCAAUAGUUUGACAUUUUGUUUAGAUGUAAACAAUUUGCUUAUGUUAUGUAUAUGUAGAUUUUUGAAUAAGUUCUGAGAAGUUUUUGUUUGUUUGUCAUGCUGUAGUUUUGUUUUAUCAGGAUCUCUAGUGGAUUUUGUUUCCUUUGUUUUUUAUGAUGUUUAUUUGUUUUUAAUGAAUCCAAAGUGCAAAAACAGUACUAAAGACCCGAUUCUUUACUGUUUUUAUACUACUUCAGACUUGUAGUGGAAAAACAUUGGUUCAUUUGUUUUUAGGUUUGUGUACUUCCUAUAGCAACCUACAGUAUAAGUUUUAUUCAAUAAAAGGCAGUUUACUGCUAAAAACUGAAA